AAUAAUAAUAAUAAUAAUAAUAAUAAUAAUAAUAAUAAUAAUAAUAAUAAUAAUAAUAAUAAUAAUAAUAAUAAUAAUAAUAAUAAUAAUAAUAAUAAUAAUAAUAAUAAUAAUAAUAAUAAUAAUAAUAAUAAUAAUAAUAAUAAUAAUAAUAAUAAUAAUAAUAAUAAUAAUAAUAAUAAUAAUAAUAAUAAUAAUAAUAAUAAUAAUAAUAAUAAUAAUAAUAAUAAUAAUAAUAAUAAUAAUAAUAAUAAUAAUAAUAAUAAUAAUAAUAAUAAUAAUAAUAAUAAUAAUAAUAAUAAUAAUAAUAAUAAUAAUAAUAAUAAUAAUAAUAAUAAUAAUAAUAAUAAUAAUAAUAAUAAUAAUAAUAAUAAUAAUAAUAAUAAUAAUAAUAAUAAUAAUAAUAAUAAUAAUAAUAAUAAUAAUAAUAAUAAUAAUAAUAAUAAUAAUAAUAAUAAUAAUAAUAAUAAUAAUAAUAAUAAUAAUAAUAAUAAUAAUAAUAAUAAUAAUAAUAAUAAUAAUAAUAAUAAUAAUAAUAAUAAUAAUAAUAAUAAUAAUAAUAAUAAUAAUAAUAAUAAUAAUAAUAAUAAUAAUAAUAAUAAUAAUAAUAAUAAUAAUAAUAAUAAUAAUAAUAAUAAUAAUAAUAAUAAUAAUAAUAAUAAUAAUAAUAAUAAUAAUAAUAAUAAUAAUAAUAAUAAUAAUAAUAAUAAUAAUAAUAAUAAUAAUAAUAAUAAUAAUAAUAAUAAUAAUAAUAAUAAUAAUAAUAAUAAUAAUAAUAAUAAUAAUAAUAAUAAUAAUAAUAAUAAUAAUAAUAAUAAUAAUAAUAAUAAUAAUAAUAAUAAUAAUAAUAAUAAUAAUAAUAAUAAUAAUAAUAAUAAUAAUAAUAAUAAUAAUAAUAAUAAUAAUAAUAAUAAUAAUAAUAAUAAUAAUAAUAAUAAUAAUAAUAAUAAUAAUAAUAAUAAUAAUAAUAAUAAUAAUAAUAAUAAUAAUAAUAAUAAUAAUAAUAAUAAUAAUAAUAAUAAUAAUAAUAAUAAUAAUAAUAAUAAUAAUAAUAAUAAUAAUAAUAAUAAUAAUAAUAAUAAUAAUAAUAAUAAUAAUAAUAAUAAUAAUAAUAAUAAUAAUAAUAAUAAUAAUAAUAAUAAUAAUAAUAAUAAUAAUAAUAAUAAUAAUAAUAAUAAUAAUAAUAAUAAUAAUAAUAAUAAUAAUAAUAAUAAUAAUAAUAAUAAUAAUAAUAAUAAUAAUAAUAAUAAUAAUAAUAAUAAUAAUAAUAAUAAUAAUAAUAAUAAUAAUAAUAAUAAUAAUAAUAAUAAUAAUAAUAAUAAUAAUAAUAAUAAUAAUAAUAAUAAUAAUAAUAAUAAUAAUAAUAAUAAUAAUAAUAAUAAUAAUAAUAAUAAUAAUAAUAAUAAUAAUAAUAAUAAUAAUAAUAAUAAUAAUAAUAAUAAUAAUAAUAAUAAUAAUAAUAAUAAUAAUAAUAAUAAUAAUAAUAAUAAUAAUAAUAAUAAUAAUAAUAAUAAUAAUAAUAAUAAUAAUAAUAAUAAUAAUAAUAAUAAUAAUAAUAAUAAUAAUAAUAAU